CUCAAAUUUCCACCUUGAUUCACCGUUCUUCAAAAUCCAACCAUCAUUCUUCGACCUGUAGAUACAGAUAUAUAUACAUAUCUAAGGAGGCAAAUUGUGGCGGAGAAGAUGGCGGCGGCAGGCGGCGUGGGAGUUGGCGGAGGAGGAGGAGGAGGAGAGGUGUGGAAAGCGCAUGUGGCAAUGGCGAUGGUACAGGCGUUCUACGGAGGGUACCAUGUCCUCACCAAAGUGGCUCUCAAUGUCGGAGUCAACCAGCUUGUUUUCUGCGUCUUCCGGGACCUCAUUGCUCUCUCCAUUCUCGCUCCCGUCGCCUAUGUCAGCGAAAAGUCAGUAUCACCGUAUACAUAUGUUUCGAGAAUAAGACUACCAUUAAAUAGACGCCUUCUCUUGUCGUUUUUCUUUCUCGGAUUAACUGGGAUUUUUGGGAACCAGCUUUUGUUUCUUAUGGGUCUUUCCUACACAAAUCCCACUUAUGCUGCAGCCAUACAACCUGCAAUUCCUGUAUUCACAUUUAUAUUGGCUGUGACAAUGGGUACAGAAACAGUGAAUUUGCUCCGAACUGAAGGUCAGGCAAAGUUUGGUGGUACACUUGUAUGUGUCUCUGGAGCUAUUUUAAUGGCUUUGUUCCAGGGCCCGGCUUUGUUUGGAUAUGGAGAGACAGAUUUCACUGUACAAAGUCAAAUAAGUGCCAGGGGGCCAGAGCCUGCUGGAUGGUUGAUGUCUAGUUUUCUGGAUUUUGGGAUUAAUCAUUGGCACCUUGGUGUCUUAUGCUUAAUAGGAAACUGUAUUUGCAUGGCAGCUUAUAUAGCCAUUCAGGAGCCUGUUCUAAUUCAGAUGAACUGGGUUUGCUUUUCAGUUGUCGGAAAAUCAUUCUUGUUCUGUCAUGGGAUUAGUUCAGAACUGCAGGCUCCAGUAUUGGCGAAGUAUCCUGCAAGCUUAUCAGUAACGGCAUAUUCAUACCUUUUUGGUGCAAUUUUGAUGGUAGUAACUGCAUUCUUUAUGACCAACAAUUCAACAGACUGGAGAUUGACGCUAUCUGAGGUUCUUGCAGUAUGCUAUUCGGGACUAGUGGCAUCUGCCCUGAACUAUGGAUUGUUGGCAUGGUCCAAUAAGAUCCUGGGACCUGCUUUGGUUGCUCUCUAUUACCCACUUCAACCCGCUGCAUCUGCAUUCCUGUCAGCAAUUUUCCUCGGAAGCCCUAUUUAUUUGGGAAGCAUCCUGGGAGGACUUUUAAUUAUAGCUGGGCUUUAUUUGGUCACUUGGGCAUCCUAUCGAGAAAGACAGGCAGCCAUGGGGAUUAUUCCUCAAGUUUCUCAUGCCUCUGAUCCGCUGAUUCACAGGGACUCAUCCCUCGGCAACAUCGCAUACCAGACAUGACACAUUUUCUCAGGGCCUUCCACCUCAAAUACCAAAGAUCAUGGAUUAAACCAACAUAUAUGAUAUCACUGUUUUCAAAUUUUGUAUUGAAGUCAACUCCAUAGAAGAAAUUUGUAUCAUUCAUCAAGGGUUAUAUUGUCAAAGGAUGCAUUCUUGCG